GCGCUUUAUCUCGCAUUCUGCUUUACCUCGGUAACAUUAUUCCAUUGGAUUUAAUUGGAAUUGUGUGUGUUUUAACGGAUUCGACGUGUCCGGUUUUAUUUCUUGAAUUUGUAAUUUAAUCAAGGAUAAUAAAUUAGCUCUACAUAAAAGUGGAAUUUAGGAGCAAUUCGCGAUGAGACGAUUCUGUGUUCCAUGUGUCAAUCGAAGUAACAGUUGAUUGUGAUUAUUCAGAAGAAAUUUGGCCAUAGACAAAGAUAACGAUAAUGUUGACAGAAGAAGCAAGCACCGAUUGUUGUUAUUCGACACUCUCCAGGUCUCUUCUGAUUUUUUUUCUAUUCCUUUUUUUCACGGAGAUCUGUGCCGCGACGUACCUUAAUUCUUCGAACACGUUUUUGGAAAGAUGCCGGCUUGACUGCAGCCUUCAGCGAGAUUUUGCAAGCUGUGGGAAGUACAAAGUAGCCAGAUGGUUGAACGAACUUGUCAAAGAAAAGGAGUUCACCUAUGGACCAUUUCGAAUCAUAAGGAUAUCAUCGAUGCAGCAGGAAUCUUUACUGCCGAAAUUACCUCGUUCUCGAGCUUUCAAAAGAAACAUAUUUGACACUCUAGAUUUUCUCAGAGAGAAUGUCAACGAUUUGUUGACGAAACGUGUGGUCGUUUAUACGAUCGAGAAUCCUACGAAUGGCAGAAGUUUUACUAGUGGGCCGAUGAUAAUGGACGAAGAUGAAUUACAAGAGAUACAAGGGAGAAAAGAGGCUGAGGGCGAUUGGCGUAUCUUUAAGAAAAAGAAGUCAUUGAUCUUGCCGCUCCUUAUAUUGUUGAAUCUCUUCAAAUUAAAGUUGCUGCUGCUUCCAAUCUUCUUAGGCGUUCACUUCAUCAAAAAACUCCUCGUUUUAGGUUCUCUGAUCGCACCAUCUAUUUUGGCGCAUCUUAAGGUUUGCAAAGUUCCAACACAUCCAGUAUAUUCUUAUCACACGUGGGCCACUGCUGCUGAAGCACCGGUUGAUUAUCCGACUGGAUACGGUCACGAAGACACUGGUUGGGCACAUAGGAAUGAUAUUCAAGGUCAUCUGGCUUAUCCAGCCUAUCAUGGAUAUCGCAAUCCUUACGGAUGAACUUCAGCAACGAGAUAACUGCAUUUUUAAUAAAAUGUGAAGAUCUUAUGUUAGAAAACAAUCUCUACGAUCAAAUAUGUUCGGUGCCACUGUUGAAACUGUUAAAUAUAUUUUU